AUGGUUCUGGGGGCGCACGGCGGCAGCAGAGCCCUAUUGGCCGCUAUUCAUCGAGUCAAAUGGGAAAUAGAAGCAGAGCGCGGGAUGAGAAAUUGGGCUGAACUGAUGGCUCAGCUUGCUAAGACGGCCGUUGCCGCUCUCUCGAAGAGACUCGUCGCCCCAGCUGCCGUGGCUCGUCGUACGAUGGCCACCGAAGCCUCCCCAGAAGACUACGGAUACUACCCAGAUCCACUUGAGCACGCCACUGGACGUGAAAAGAAGAUGCUUCUUGCUCGUCUUGCUGGAGAUGACCGUUACGAGCCAAAAGUCUACUACCGUGCUGAGGCUUCCACCAAGCAGAAGCCAAAUUUGGUUCCAUCUCACUACGACUUCAGAAUCAUCGGAUGCAUGUGCGAGCAAGAUUCCGGACACGUCAACUUCAUGACUAUCGCUAAGGGAGAGCCAAAGAGAUGCGAGUGCGGACACUGGUUCAAGGGAGUCGACGCCGACCCAGAAUCCAUCUAA